AUGAAGACAGUCUUACAGCUUGCAGAUCGAUCUAUCAGGCAUUCCCAUGGGAUCAUUGAAGAUGUCAUAAUCAAGGUGGACAAGUUCUACUUUCCUGUAGAUUUCAUAGUUCUUGAUAUAGAGCUUGUCCCCAAUUCCCAUAAGCCCAUACUUGUGAUCCUUGGACGACCUUUCUUAGCUAUGGCUAAUGCAUACAUAAAUUGUAGAACCGGGGUGAUGUCCAUAUCUUUUGGGAAUUUGAAAGCCAAAUUGAACAUCUUCCAUGCCGCACAUCAGCCACCGAAUGAGAAGGAAUGUUUCCUCCUUAACACCAUUGAGGACCUUGUAGAAGACCUACCUCCCAUCCCCCUACUUGAUGAGAGUUGUGAGGACCCCCUUAGAGGGGAUGAGUUGAUCACUGAUCCCUUUUGGGAGAGACACAUAGAGAAUCCUCAUAGGGAAAUCAAAAUAUACAAGUGGAGACAAGAAGGUUGA